UUAAUGCUUUCCAAUGAACCGGGUUUAAAAGGCUCUAAAAACACAUUCUCCUCCCACUGAACGCUGUGAGCGCUGGAAGAUAAACUAAAAAAAAAAAACAUUGCACGAUGCAAAAAAUUAGAUGGCGUGCGCGUUCGCGGCGCUCCAGCGCUGCGGCAGUUGCCAGGGGAGAUAGAAGGGGAGGGGUUGUGAUUGGCUGAAGUGGACCUGUUGCCAUGACGACGGCGAGGGGUUUGGUAGCGUUGCCGUGCGCUGUGUGAUCUGCGCGCUGCGUGUAUGGAGGAAGCAGCUGCUGAUCUGAUCUCUGACAUUGUGUGAGACAGACAUCUGAAUUAAACUCUGCUUUUACACACACCGCUCCAGGGUAGCGACGUGCAUGAUUACCUAUUUGGUUUAAUGGGUCCAAUCAUUGGGAUGUCACCAGAUAAGAAAACGGAAAUUCCGGGUAUGCAAGAAGAGCGGACGGGACUCAGAGGUGUCUGCGGUGUGGGGACCCUGCCCGAGGCAGAGUGCGCAUCCAGUCCACUGGCGACGAGCGUGGAUCGCGCUUCAGGUGCAGAGGAUGAGGAGCUCACCAACCUCAACUGGCUUCAUGAGAAUCUGCUCCAGAACUUCACUCUCGGGGGCCCAGAAGCUCAGACAAGUGGUAGCCCCCUUUUUGACAUUGAAGGAGACUACAAACAAAACCAGGGUCCUUCAUCGUCCUCGUCAUCUUUGUCACAAAACAGGGGCCGUGAGAGGGACUCGCUGAAAUCUAAGCCUCCUUUUUCAUUUUCCCUCCUCAUCUACAUGGCUAUCGAGCAGUCUCCCAGCAAGUCUCUGCCCGUUAAAGAAAUCUACGGGUGGAUUCUGGAGCACUUCCCUUACUUCUCCAAUGCUCCCACAGGCUGGAAGAACUCCGUUCGUCACAACUUGUCUCUAAAUAAAUGCUUCCGCAAGGUCGACAAGAGUUUGGGAAAGGCCAAUGGGAAAGGUUCCCUCUGGUGUGUUGACCCUGAGUAUCGCCCCAACCUAAUCCAAGCUCUUAAGAAGCAGCACUUCCCAGCCGCACAUGCCUUCUGCACGCCACCCGCCUCCCCGCCCAGUGCCUCUUCGCCUCCUCGACAUCUCUUUCUACAAGGCUGCUCAUUCAAAGAGUCUGACAUUGAUGCUGCCACUGCCAUGAUGCUCUUAAACUCUGCCCCUGGGCACCACGUUGACCCAUGUAAGAGAAUCCACACUCAUACUUUUUGGUUUUUGAUCUCCUGCCUCUUUCAUACCACCCUGUCAUUGCUUUCUUUUUAUGUUGCUUCUUUGGUCGGUUUAUGUGCUUUUAUAUGUCUGUAUCUGUUUAAACAAGUUUCUGGUUCUCACUCUGGGAAUAACUGACAAAUGUGACUUUCAUAAGAAUAUUUUGACAUCAGAAGUUGAUCAGCACACACAAUGUCAACUUUUACAAACCAAUGUUUAUUUAAAUAUUCUCUAGAUCAGUGGUUUCCAGUCCUGGUCCUCAUGAUCUCCUCUCCUUCCAUUAGAGGUUUCGCUGCAUCCAAUGAAUGAAUUACCUCCUCAACAUUACGUUAAGAGCUUUGCAAUUAAACAUAUAGUAAUAAUAAUAAUGAUGCAUUUUAUUUAUCAGCGCCUUUCAAAACACCCAAGGACACUUAACAACAUAAAAACACAAAUAAUUAAAUAGUAAGGAAAUGGCUACAAUGACACAAAACCACAAAAUAGCUACACAGUUAAAGUGAGAAGGCUAACUUGAACAGAUGAGUUUUGAGUUGUGCUUCAAAGGUUAGAAGAGAGUCAAUAUUACGGGUAUCGGGGGAAGAGCGUUCCAUAGUUGGGGAGUAGAGUAGCCUAGAGAAGGCUCUUUUCCACCGUGGUGAAGAGGCUGACAAGAGGCACACUGUGGUGGAUGGAAGAGGAAGAACGAAGGGAACGUGGAUGGGUGGUGAUGUGCAGAAGAUCAGACAUAUAGGGAGAGGGAAGGUUGUGGAUUGCCUUCAAUGUAAACAACAGGAUUUUAAAUUUAAUUCUGAAUGAAACGGGAAGCCAGUAAAGUUGUUGUGAAAUUGGAGUGAAAUGAAGCAGUUUUGGUGAUGAUGCGAGCAGCAGAGUUUUGAACCCGUUUUUAUUGAAGUUAGGUGUGUGGAGGCAAAGAAACACCUAAAACAUGCAGGUCUUGAGGAUCAGGAUGUUUAAAUAAUGUUUAUAUUUUUUGCACAGUUUUGGCUUAAUUACUAGUAUACUGUUCUUUCAGCAUCUGACCUUUUUCUGAGUCUGUUUAUUCCAGCUAGCGAUUAAUCGAGCACUAAAUUAGUUUCAAUAAUUGAUUAGUCACAAUUAAUUUGAUUAAUGGUUUCCAACUUGGUCUUCCUCUUUGAUUCAGGACAAACCUGACAUCUGCUUUAUACUCUGACCAUAAAGUACACAUUCA